CCCACCACCACCACCCCCAAGAAACACAGCACCACGGCCAUCAGCCCAUGCGUGCUUGGUGGCCCUUUCGUGCAUGUAAGGAAGUUCUGAACCCCGAAAAGUGAAGAUUUUCACACAGAAGCAAUCAGAGGACAAUGAAGCCGCUGUUCAUCAUGUUACUUUCCACGGCCUGGAUGCUGUGUGGAGCUCAGUUCUACUACCAGGCCCUAAUGGACUAUCUGGAGAACAGAUUGUUGGCUAUUGAGGACCACAUGCACUUGUGCCGAGAUCAAUCUCGUCAAUACCGCAUGGCCCUUCAUAAUUUUUACAAAGAGUCCCAGAAGACUGUGGAGGGUCUGAAGGAGGCACACAGCACACUUUCCACAGACGUGGAAGCAGCAGCGCUCCAACUGGACCGGGUGGAGCGAGACAUGGACUUAGUAGAAAGCCGGAUGUCCCCACGGGCUUGUGGUAACCGAGCAGACCGGGUGGUGGAGCAAGGAGUGUGGAGCCAGGAGGAGAGCCGACUUGUGGAAGAGGAGGGAUGGCAGGAGCUGCCCUCCGGAGUCUCUGACUGCGUGGAAAUAAUUUCUGCCAUCCGAUCUGUGAAGAUCCUGAAGCGAGUGGGCUGUUCUAAGGGCGUGUGGCUCCGAGACCCCCGGUCAUCCAAGGUCUACAUCUUUAACGGGACAGCAGGGGACACCAUCUACCAGUUCGACUCCGUCUUGGAGUUUGGACAUUCUCCAGAAGUUGCACUCGGUCGGCCGAUCAGGCUGCCUUUGGACUGGAGGGGGAGCGGCAUCGCUGUUUACAACGGUUAUCUGUAUUACAUCCAGGAGGGGGAAGACGUGCAUGUGGUGAGAUAUGACCUCCUUGGGGAUGAGCUGAUGGACGUAGCCAUCCUCCCUGUGGAGAGCCAAGCUGCUGUUUACAGCCUCAACCCCGAAACGGUGGCAGACCUCGCAGUUGAUGACCAAGGCCUCUGGCUUCUUUAUGCCAGCAGUGAGACCGAACCCAACAUCAACCUGGCAAAAAUGGAUCCCGUCUCGCUCGAUAUUGAACAAAUAUGGGACACCCGCUGCCCAAGGGAGAACUCAGAGUCGGCCUUCGUUGUCUGUGGCAUUGUCUAUGUUGUUUACAACACUCAGAUGGCCAGUCGCUCCCGGGUGCAGUGUAUAUUUGAUGUCAAUGACAAGGUGCUGAGUGAGGAGGCCCCCCUCUUCUACUUCCCCCGACGGUAUGGAGCACAUGCCAGUCUAAAGUACAACUCUGACGAGAAACAACUCUACAGUUGGGACGAUGGUUACCAAAUCCUAUACAGACUGACUACCAAAAGGAAAUUACAGGUUUCACAACCUAAGCAUGGUUAAUUCCGUCAUUUACACACCCUCAAACCAGACACACAACCGAGGUGGAGCUUCUCUGUAUUGUGGGAGUUCCCUGUCAAAAAUGCACUGCAGAUCCCGAAGAAGGCAAAUCACCGAAUUUUACACUUUGAUUCACUUAAGUGCCCGCGGAGGAGUCAGUCGGCUAACUCGGGCUGAAAGCCCAUAAUGUUCACCUGCGCUCAUCGACAUUUGCCAACUGCCCAACGGCCGUAAUGUGUCCCCACCACAUUACGUUGAUGGCCGAAUAUCGACAUAUGAACCCUUUAAUUGGCAGAAAAAUAUCGUUGCCAGUUGAUAGCUUUUUCUCUUCAAAGUCUGUGUGCUGCAGGUGGUCGAGAGUAUUUUUUGAAAGCGCAGGGAAACCACUACAUAAUACGAAAAGUUGUAUUUGUAAUUGGACAAUAAUCAUUUGAAUAUUGGAUCUUUUUUUAAAAAAAUUGUGUUUGUAUUCGACCUUAAAUACUGACGACUUGCCUGGUCUGUGCCGCAAGAAAGGUCGGGAACUGCUGGUCUAUGUAUACAGCACACAUCCGCUUUUUUGCUGAUGAUUGAUUCCAACAUGUGUUCAGUCAUAAGAAAAUUAUUCUGAUUACAUUCAUUUCAUUUCAUUUUAUUUCCCCUUCAAAUUGCAGUGUGUUCUUCAAAGCAGUGCACAGUCACAGAUCACUGAGAUGUCACAAAUCAAUCAUCACCACGCCUUGAUUAUUAUUAUCACUUUUCAAGUGGAAUUAUUCUCAACCCUGUAUCCAAAUGCAUUUGACAAAAUGACAUCCUAAUUAUAACAGACUUUCAUUAUCCAGUGACUAUGAGCCUGUGUAAUGAAAUCAUGGCACUACUAGACGCUCUCUCUCUCUCUCUCUCUCUCUCUCUCUCUCUCUCUCUCUCUAUAUAUAUAUAUAUAUAUAUAUAUAUAUAAUGAAAUGAUGAAACAACUGGUGAAGCACUUCAUUUUAAGUCCUGUUCCUUUUAUUCAACCUGUUUAAACAUGAGGGGACUCAGAAUUACAGCCAAGUCUUACACGUAUAAAUCACUAAGAAUGCUUACAUCUUUUGUCGUGAAGAACAUGGCUAUUUCUGGUCAUUUUUGAGUGUUCUUGUAGUUAGAGAUUCUUCCAAUGAACAAGAACAAACAAUGCUGCUUGAAAAUUUGUGAACCCUCCUGAUGUGGUCACUCUUUUUGCAAAAAACAAACAAAAAAAAAAGCCCCUCCAAAAACUAACCCUGUUAACGAUACGUCCAAAUCACUGUUUGUAUACUCUUUAUUUUUUUUCCCUAAUAAUAUACAAUAAAUGAUUAAUAGCGACUCACGCAUAUUUUACAGUUCCUCUGGCCGUGCCUCUUCGUUCUGGCACGGCUCUGCUGUCAUUUUCCGGUUUCUUUUUGCAUGUGAAUAUCAUAGUUUUGGGUCAUUGAUGAUGCUCUUUUUUCUUCUGUAUGAAAAUAUUCUUAGAAACAGACAUGGCCACAUUCAAUUAUGCUUGAGAACUCCAAUGAACGAAACAUCCAAGGGUCCUAUUCCUGUGCUGCUCACUGAAGUUCAUUUGUCAUUUUCAAUAUGGUUGUCAAGCUUUGUCAAGUGUUACAGCAUCCUCGUCAUGCACUCGUGUCCUCUUCUUCCUCUUCUCCCUCAUCCUCCUUGCUGGCCUCGUCAUCUCUGCCAGGUCUUCAUCAGUCAGCGAGUGUGAGGGCAUUAAUGUCGUCAGGAGUCAUAUCAUUAAAGCCAUCUCCCCCAAGCUGUUUAGCCAGAUUCACAGAUGAAUCUACCCGCAGAGUGAUGCAACACAUCAGGAGAGCAUCCAAUAGAGUUGUGCACCUCUUCUGGGCACAUUUUUUUCUUCUUCAAGCAGAUGUUUAAAGAUUUAGUUGCAGUGUGUAGCGCAUAUUGAAGGCCUUGAAAGCACGGAUCAUGCCCUGGUCCAUGGGCUAUAUCGCUGAUAUAGUGUUUGGUGGCAGAAAUUCAAUUUGCACACCAUCAGAUGACAAAUCAUCAGAGUGGCCUCUGCCGUUGUCUACGAGUAACAGCGCUUUAAAGUCUUGUCAUUUUCUUGUCAAAUAACGCUUGACCUCCAGGAUGAAACAGUCUUUGAACCAAUCCAUAGUAAUCAAUUUUGUCAAGCAUUCUGCCUUCUGCAUCCAGUAAACGGGCAAGGCAUUCUUAUUUUUCUUUUUUAGCGCUCUUGCAUUUUUUUUGACCUACAAAUAAACCCAAAUUUCAUCAUAAACCCUGCAGCAUUUCCUCACAUAACCAGAGUCCCACAACCUUUUUGGGACUUAAAUACAGUACUGCGCUUUUGGCUUUGUCCUGCAUUAUAAAGGUGCAAGAGGGCAUUCGUUUCCAAAAUAAGCCCAUCUCAUCCAUAUUAAAAACUUCUUCAGAUAUAGAGCCCACCCCCACCCCCACCCCAUGGUGAUGACUUUAAAUUUGUUCACGUACACCUCCCCCCAGCGGUAUCCGCAGAGGCGGCCUCACCACGCAGAGAAACACUUUCAAGUUCAAACUGUUUCUGACAUUUGUCAAACCAGCCCUUGCUGGCAUGAACUAGGCUUGGUGCUGCAUUUAAAGCACUUUUUUUUAAUAUGUUCCGUUAUUAUUUGUAAUUUUUUUUAAUCAUGUAAGGGAGAUUGCGUUACCUUGUCUAUGAAACCCGCUAUACAAAUAAAUUUUAUUUGCUAUAUGA